CCCAGCUGCGGCAAGAGCGAACAACAGAGGAUCAGAAAAGCGGCGAGUGAUGCACAACGGGUGUUGCGCAGUUACGUCUGGAUUAUUAAGUGACAUUUAGACAUGAACAUUAACAAUAUGUUUACGAGCCUGUUAUGUUUCGGGCGGCAAUGCACGAAACCUUCUGCUGUAGCAAGGUGCUACGCUUCAGUUGCUGCAAAUUCAGUAGAUAAAGACAAUAUAAAACCAAAAACUGGUAUAUUAAUGUUAAACAUGGGUGGUCCUACCAAUACCAAUCAAGUUCAUGAGUAUUUAUUAAGAAUAAUGACUGAUCGUGAUAUGAUUCAACUUCCAGUUCAAAGUAAAUUAGGUCCUUGGAUAGCCAAACGUCGUACUCCAGAAGUACAGAAAAAGUAUUCUGAGAUUGGUGGUGGAUCGCCAAUUCUACGAUGGACGAAUAAACAGGGCGAACUUUUAUGCAAAAAACUGGAUAAAAUUUCGCCUGAAACUGCACCUCAUAAGUAUUAUGUUGCCUUUCGAUAUGCAGAUCCUCUUACAGAAGAUACCCUUGAGAGGAUACACAACGAUGGAGUACAACAUACUGUACUUUUUUCUCAAUAUCCUCAAUAUAGUUGUUCAACUUCAGGUUCCAGUUUUAAUGCUAUAUACAAUUAUUACAAAACUAGAGAGUCACCAAAUGGCAUGAAAUGGAGCAUAAUCGAUAGAUGGGCUACGCAUCCACUUCUUGUAAAAACAUUUGUCGAAAGAAUUAAAGAGGAACUUGCACAAUUUUCUAGCGAAAAAAGAGACGAUGUGAUAAUUUUAUUUUCAGCUCAUUCUUUACCGUUACAGGUUGUAAACAGAGGAGAUUCUUAUCCUGCAGAAGUUGGAGCCACAGUUGCAUUAGUAAUGCAGGAAUUAAAUUAUUGUAAUCCAUACAGCUUGGUAUGGCAAUCAAAGGUUGGACCUACAUCAUGGCUAGGACCUUUUACCGAUGAAGCGUUGAAAGGUUACGUUAAACAGGGCAAGAAAAAUUUUAUUUUGGUACCAAUUGCAUUUGUAAAUGAGCAUAUUGAAACUCUUCACGAAUUGGAUAUAGAAUAUUGCCGAGAACUUGCCGAAGAACUUGGUAUUGAGACGAUACGAAGAGCUGCCGCGCCUAAUGAUCAUCCUAUUUUCAUCGACGCUUUGACGGACAUUGUUGUGUCUCGUCUUAGAUCAAAACAAUCUGUAAAUCCUAAAUUUUUAACACGGUGUCCUCAUUGUGUAAAUUUAAAUUGCGAUGCUAGCAAAAAAUGGUACGCUGAAAUCUGUAAAAAUUAAUGAUAUUUGCGAUUAAGUGC